AAGUAGCGAAUCUCAUUGGUUAUACUCUCUCACAUGACUGUCCUGAGGCAGUGUUUCAGAACAAGUCUUUCGUGUUCAUUACAGACGUGAAUGUUACAGUGGUGUUGACUAUCGAGUGCCGAUCCUGCUUUAAAAUACCACAGGGACGACAGAGAAGCAAACCAAAACAUGUUUGAAGAGAAGAACAUGGGAAAUUUCUGGAUAGAAGGCACUGUAGGUGCCAUAAAAGCCCUGGCAUUUGUGUGUGACAUUCUCACAUACCCCGUAUAUCUAAUUUUGCAAAGGCCAUGGGAAAAGAAGACACUGUCAAGAAGAGUAAAAGCUCAGCCUGUUUCCAUAGAAGAAAAGUCCAUCACAUAUCGCAGUUUGCAAGAUCCUCGUGAGGUUCAUGUUCAGCUGUUACUUGAAGGAGUAGACACAAUGGCAAAAAUGUUACAUUUUGUAGCAAAACUGCAUGGACACAAACGUUGUCUGGGAACACGAGAGAUACUUGCAGAAGAGGAUGAAAUUCAGCCAAAUAAACGAAUCUUCAAGAAGUAUGUGAUGGGUGAAUACAAAUGGAAAACAUUUGUAGAGGUUGAGAGACUUGCAGCAAGUUUCGGCCGUGGCCUGAGGUUACUUGGACAACCUUCCAGAGCCAAUGUAGUAAUUUUUGCUGAAACUAGAGCUGAAUGGCUUAUUGCAGCCCAUGGUUGUUUCAAACAAAACAUUCCUGUGGUAACUAUAUAUGCUACACUAGGUGAUGAUGCAAUAGCACAUGGUAUAAAUGAAACUGAAGUAUCGUUAGUUAUUACAUCACAUGACCUGUUGCCCAAAUUUAAGAACAUAUUACCGAAUACUCCAAGAGUGAAGAAACUUAUUUAUAUGGAAGAUCAGCUGGCAAAGACUGACAUUUCUGGAUUUAAGGAUGGUGUCGAUAUCAUCCCGUUCUCAGAGGUGGUAAAGAAUGGAGCAUCCUCUGAUAUAUCGGAAGCUCCACCUUCCCCUGAUGAUACAGCCAUCAUCAUGUAUACAAGUGGAUCUACAGGGGUUCCCAAAGGUGUGGUCCUCACACACAAAAACAUGAUAAGCACUCUGAAAGCCUAUUCAGAUGCUGUGUAUAUUUACAAUGAUGAUGUGUUCAUGGGAUACUUGCCACUGGCACAUGUAUUUGAACUUCUAGCAGAAUCUGUAUGCCUACUCUGUGGGGUUUCCAUUGGGUACUCAACUCCUCUGACCAUGAUCGAUAGUUCAAGCAAGAUUAAAAGGGGAACUAAAGGAGAUGCAUCUGUUCUCCGACCGACAUGUCUCACUGCAGUGCCCUUAAUUCUGGAUCGGAUAUCUAAGGGUGUACAUGAUAAAGUAUCCAGAGGAAGUGACUUCACACAAGCAUUGUUCAACUUUGCAUACAAAUAUAAAUGUGCAUGGACAAAGAGAGGAUUUGACACUCCACUUAUGAACAGGGUUAUAUUUGGUCAGACAAGGCAGCUGAUGGGCGGAAGACUGAGGCUGGUCCUAAGUGGUGGUGCCCCACUGUCCCCAGAUACUCAUGAGCUUAUUAAGAUUUGUUUGUGUGUCAAAGUGAUCCAAGGUUAUGGGCUAACUGAAACGUGCUCCAGCGCAACUGUUAUGGACAGUCAUGAUAGAACCACAGGACGUGUUGGAGGUCCAACAACUGGCUGUGAUAUAAAGUUAGUUGACUGGGAAGAAGGAAAUUACAGAGUGACCGAUAAGCCAUUUCCUCGAGGAGAGAUUAUUAUUGGUGGGGAUAACAUCUCUCCAGGUUACUAUAAAAUGCCAGAAAGAACGAAAGAAGAAUUCUUUGAAGAAGGAGGAAGACGGUGGUUCAAAACUGGGGAUAUUGGCGAAUUCCAUGCAGAUGGAGUUAUGAAAAUCAUUGACCGCAAGAAAGAUCUGGUGAAGUUGCAGCUGGGCGAGUAUGUCUCACUAGGGAAGGUGGAAGCAGAGUUGAAAACUUGCCCAAUAGUGGAGAAUAUCUGUGUGUAUGGAGAUGCAACAAAGCAUUACACAGUGGCAUUGAUUGUGCCAAACCCCUCUCAUUUGAUCACCCUGGGAAAUAGGUUGGGCUUAAACUCCCUGAACUUUGAGCAGCUGUGUGUGAACCAAACUGUUGAGAAGACUGUGCUUCAAGAAAUUGAGGAACAUGGGAAAAAAUGCAAACUGGAAAAAUUUGAAAUUCCUGCUGCUGUGAAACUGUGUGCAGAAGUGUGGUCACCAGACAUGGGACUAGUUACAGCUGCAUUCAAGCUGAAGAGGAAGGACAUACAAGACAGAUACCAGCAUGAGAUAAAUCGCAUGUAUGCCUCAUGAUCUUGGAACUGACUCUUCAGCAUGUGUGCAGAAACGGUGGAUAAUCCAUUCAGAAGCAUUUCUCACAGUAUUUGAUGAUCAUGGCCAGAAGAAUUCGGAGCUCUUGUUUGAUCAGACUGUGGGGUCAUUUGGCAGGCUGUGGUCCUACAUUAAACCUGUAUUAGUUUUGAGUAUAUUUAUAUAAUUCGUUUCUCCCCAGUUGAUAUAAUUUUGCUGAGGUAAAACAUUUGUGAAACCAAAGUUUGGAGGGUAUUAUAUCAUUUCUUUGCAUCAUACCGAAGCUGGUACUGGUAUUUUGAAGUUCUAUGCAAAACUGUUUUUCCCAUGUGUUGCACCACAAGAUUUUCUAUUAUAAGUGUAACAUUUUCUGUAGUUUUCUGAAAGUGAGGAAGUCAAGUCAGGUUGCAGGUUGGCAUGCUUCUCUUCUCAGGAUGGUGCACAGGCUGUAAAGUUGUAUUGGUCAGUUUGUAUAGUUUCCUGAAUUGCUCAUGCUAUGCAUGAAACAACAGUUACUGUGGUGAAGGUAAGUGCUAGUCCAUUAGUUUUUCUAGUUUAGAUACAUGAAACCUAGCUACAUUAACAUGGCUUUGUUUGAAUUACACCGCAUUAACAUCACAGUCAUCUUAGAUUACAUUACAAUGUACUAAUAUGUGAUAAUCUAUUUUUGUAUGUACCUUUAUUCUAUUUGGUUUGUGUAAAGAUCACUUAGCUGCUUAUGUGUGUUUGAAAUUAAAACUUCACAACUUGGUAAUAAGUGUAUUGAAUACACUAGACGAUUUAUGUACAUAUAUUGUUUGGGCUAAAGUUUGGAGCUUGCCUGUACAUAAUUCAUGUUGAUUGUGUUUUGUUUUGUUUUUUGCCCAAUUGACUUGGAAAAUACAGUAAUAUGUCUCAUAAUGUACAGAACGUUUGUUCAUUUAAGCUAGAUGGAUUCUUAUCACUGUGAUCUUGUUAACACUUUCAGUUCCAGGAACUCAGCUGCUGGCUUACCUCCCAGCCAAACCAUUUUUACUCAUUGUAAACACUUUAAAAACAUGUGGUAAGAAAAUUAAUAGCAGAUUAACUGCAUAUGUUUAAGGAAGUGCUGUAAGCACCAUCUGGUGACAGAAUGUGCUCAAAGUACAUUCUGAGAGUUGUGUUUUUUUUUUUUUUGCCACAGUGUGUUACUGUCCAACAUAGGUUGGAUAUGGUAGUCUGGACAAACAUCAUUAAACAACCAAAUGAUGAUAACAAGAGUUGGUGUUAUAUUUGCCUUUCAUUGUGAUGAAUACAUAUUGGUAGAACUCUGAAAUAUGUUGAACUGCAGUGAGGAACACUUCAAAGAUUGACUGUGUGUAUGUUGUAUGUAUGUAUGCAUGCAUGCAUUGCAUUUGUAUGAUACUUAUCUUUUAUAAGAAAUAUCUUUUAUCCACAAUAUCAAAAUUCAUAUCUUGUAUGCACUUUGCCAGUGAAUUAAUUUAAGCUGCAAUAAGGUUCACGGUUGACGAGGACUUGAUGCAUCUAUUUAUACAAGUCUUGUAUUAUGUACAAUGUAUGUGCAAUAAAUUCAAGGAUUAAUUCAGUUAAA